CUGUGUGGGAAGGCGUGUUUUUUAUUUCUUCCUGAGUUCUAUCAGUUCUGUUUGUGCAUAAAUUAAUAAAUUUCGCCGAAAAUACGACAAAAGCACAUAGGGGCUUCCAGCAGUGAUAACGUGUCGGCUGCGCGAAUUAUUAUUUAUACGCGAGUGUUAAUUCUCAGCGAAAUCGGUCCGUUGAAAAAGUGAACUCCAUGGCAGGUCAUCUAUAAUUACAAGAAGAAAAAAAAGGAAAACAUUACCGAGGCCAAACAAAAUCGCCGCGCAAAUAAUUGUUCGGAUUUCGUUUCUUUGUGUCUGAAAAUAAAAAUACUAUGUAAAGCGAAAAAUUUCACAAUUGAUUAACGUCACAGGCACUACAACCUCCGGCCAUUCCACGAAGACUGCCUGCGGGUAGGAAGUAAGAGCAACCCCCAUUUGCAAGCAUAGCUGCUGCGCACAGAUCCAAGGGCAGCUGAAUCAUGCAGGCACCAACCACUGCGGAAAAUGCCUAAUCGUUUAGUUCAUACCCACAGUGUUUGUCCAAGUAAUAAUCAAGAAUAAAUUUAUUUUGUGCGCGUAUGCAAAUUAAUUCCAAAUCUGGCAAAUUAAAAUUGCAAAUAUUCGCCAACUUUUUAUAUCAAAAGAGUAAACGCAACUUGUGUUUAGCGGGCUGAAGUUAACCAAAUAAUGGAUAGCUCAAUGGUGUUGGGUGUAUUUCGCAACGCGAACGUCGGAAGUGCCGAUACAGACAACGACAUGGAUAUGGAUGAUAUUGACGCUAUGUUUCGAGCUUCAACAGUCGUCGAUCUAUCAUCCACAACGACUUCUGCGCCGAAUACCGAUCCGUCGGUGUCAAUGAACAACUUUUAUCCUGCAUUGGUACAAUGUUUCGGCAUAAUUAUUUGUGGUUAUAUCGCUGGUCGCUUCAAAAUAAUCUCAAAUUCCGAAACCAAGGGCCUUGGCACAUUUGUGGGCACAUUCGCGUUGCCAUCACUGAUCUUUCUCUCGCUGAUCGAGCUUAAUUGGAGUACAGUGAAUUGGACCUUUCUGCUGGCGAUGACGAUUUCCAAGACUAUCGUCUUCGUUGCUGUACUAGUAAUUUCACUACUCAUUACGCGUCCACUCAAUUACGCGCGUGCCGGUUUGCUCAGUAUUUUCUGUACGCAAAGUAAUGAUUUCGCGAUAGGCUAUCCAAUUGUGAUGGCCUUAUACCAAGAUGUGCAUCCGGAAUAUGCUUCGUAUUUGUAUUUGAUGGCGCCCAUCUCAUUGGCGCUGCUUAAUCCCAUCGGCUUGGUGUUUAUGGAAGUCUCCAAAAUUAUUAAAACCAAAGCUGAGGCGGUUCAAGAGGCAACCAUCUGUCCGGACAAUUGUCCUGCUGAACAGCUAUCAAAGCGGAAUCGCUGUCUGGGUGAAAAGCCGUUGCUUGUCUUGCAUACGCUUAAGUCGUUAUUUUUCAAUCCUAUGCUGCUAAUGACGGUACUCGGUGUUGGCGGCGCUUUUGUCUUUCCAAAUGGUUUGCCCGAAGUAGUUGCGAGCACGCUGCGUGUCUUCGGUCAGUCAUUCUCGGCCACAGCGCUCUUUUUGCUGGGCUUAAAGAUUGUUGGCCAAGGUGGUUCGCUGCGCGGCUCAGGCUUUCUGCUACCCGGUAUAUUGAUACUGGUUAAAAUAUUGGUGCUGCCGCUAGUGUGCCGGCAGACAGUGAACAUCAUGCAGGCGGGCACAGAUUUCAACGAUACAACAGAAUUGAGCACUUUUGGCUUUUUGUAUGGCACUUUUCCAGCAGCGCCGGGCGCAUUCGUGAUUGCCACACAAUACAAUGUUGAAGUGGAGUUGGUUGCUACGGCCAUGGUGCUUUGCACAUUCAUCUCAGCGCCGCUAAUGUUCAUCUCGGCUAAAAUGAUCUCACUGACAAAUUUAAAUCCUGUAGAUUAUAUACAUGAGUUGGAUGUAUUCUCGUUCGACAUAAGCGUAGCUGGUGUUGCUGCAUGCGGUUGGGUUUUACUAUUGCUCGUGGUGACCAAACGUUUCAGACGCAUGCCGCAACGUAUAACAUUUUGCUUGGUGCUUUCACAGUUUAUGUGCUGUUUGGCGGUGAUCAUUUGGGCCAAGUUGGCACAUGUUGAAAAAUGGGUGAUAUACUUGCAGUUUUUCCUCUUUAACAUGGGCACAUUUAGUAGCCGUUUGUGGACAGCCAUAUUGGCGAUAGCAUUGCUCUUCCUGCAGUGUCGUAGUUUAUGUUUUGUGCUUAAAUUGUGGCCUUACAUGAUUGCCUUCGCAUGGGGUGUGCCUGCUAUAAUCUCAGCGCUGCUCAUUGCAUUGGACAGCCAAAUAACAUCGCAGGAUAGUCACAACCCUAGUUUUCAAUAUGGCACAGCGCAGGCAGCCGUUACCGUUUUUAUGCUUGUAAUGUGUUUCUUUGUGACUGUCGGCUGUUUAGUUAUGCAUCAACGUUACAAGAAGCGCUAUGAGAAGUAUCUUACGUAUACGCGCGAGCUAUCCAAUCCUGACUCAGAACCAGGUGACUUACAAUCGACCAUUUCAACUGCAAAUUUGCUUACGAAUACUGAUAGUGCGCGUCUCUCCAAUGGCAGCGUGCCAACACAAAGACGCCGUUACGCAUCUUAUUCAUCUUCUGAUGACGACGAUAUUAUUUCCACGGCAGAUAAUGGCGCGAGCACUAUUGUUGCCGGCUGCGGUGAAGGCAGUGGAACUUGUUGCUCCACUACGACCAGUCCCAAAACUACAACUGUAGUUGUAGACAUCGAAGAUUUGCUUGUGCGUCGGCAAGCUGCCGCAAAAUCAGCUGCAGAAGAUGCGGAACGUCAAAGAAGUGCCGAUGCGACAACAACUCCAUCAACAGAUCAGUUCGAAGACGAAAAUCUUGGCAUCCGCUCUGGUAUAUGCAAUCCGGGUUUCAACUGUGGCGUCAGUACUUCACGACAAAGUUGUCAAACGAUUAUCGACCGCUAUCAAGACCAGACACGGCAGGGCCUAGAACCGUUGGAGUACGCCAGCGAUGCCGAUGAGUAUCAAACUUUGAAGCAUACUGUACUGCUGAUCAUGUUGCUUUGCUCAAUGUUUGUGAGCUUGGCGGUCUCCAUCUGGACUCUAGUUAUGGAUGGUAUGUCCGGAAUUUAUCUGGAAUUGAGUUUCCUGGACUCUUUCUUAAAUUUCGGUCAGAGCUUAGUCGUUUUGGCUGUUUUUAUCACUGAUACUAGUGAACUGCUGACACCGCUAGUGAAAAUCUGGCGCAAGUUGUGGUAUGGAGCAAAUGUAUUAUCGCUGCCUCACUGGUCGAGUCUCAGUCCGGAAACCAAGCAUAUUUGUGAACAGUUCCGGAACCAUCACUUGGAAAAUUGCAAGAAGGAUAUUGCCAAGGAUCGAAGGUGGCGUAUCAAAGUCUAUCGCAAAGUAUUCUACGGCACCGAAUUUGUGGAUUGGCUUAUGGAGGUGGGUCUUUCUAAAGACCGUCUGGAGGCUGUGCACUACGCUAGACACCUAGUGGAUGGACGUGUUUUGCGUCAUAUAAACAAUGUAUAUCAUUUUGAAGACAAGCAGCUAUUAUAUAAUUUCUGUGCACGUAUAUAAAAUGUUUUAGUCGCAUAUUACGGUAAUAAAGAAAGCUUAAAUACCUACUAUAAGUAGAUGCACACAUAUGUAUGUGUAUAUAUAUAUUAAUGUACAUAUGUAUAUGCAAGAAAGUUUUAAGGAAUUGCUACUGCGAUUAUAGUUUUAAAUUUUUAAGCGUUUAAAAUUUCAGAGGACAUGGUGCUGUGAUGCGUGUCAAAUAUUUGUAUAAGUUCAUUUAACCUCUUCUUAUUCGACCAUGUAUAAUUUAAUUUGUUAAGUUAGUCGCGUAGGCAGCCAUGUACGUGAUUAAUUUUAUAUGAAGAUAUAUGUAUUUUCAAUUUACGUAAAUUACGUUAGCUUUUGAAUGAAUUGAUAUAUUAUUGUAAAAUAUUAAGGUUUAUUCUAAACUAUGUACUAUUAAGUAUGAAGAAUAUGCAAUAACUAGUCGAUCUAGUGUUCAAUUGCCGCUUUAUGUAAACAUAACUACAUAUAUACUUCAUAUAUAUAUAUAUAGCGUAAGCACACACGUCACAAAGAUUUAUUAGCUUUCAAUUAGUUUUAUUCUAAUUGUUCAACUGUUAAGUAUUUUGUUUUACAUUUCAUUGUGCAAUCAUUUGCUUAUUCUUAUAUUAUUAGAAAUUAUGCCAAAUAUCGAUUGUAAAUUAGGGAAUUAUGUACAGAAGUACUUUAGCGCUUAAGGAAUGCGAUGCAUAUUUAAGGAGGAAAGAAAGUAAAAUUUUAAUAUGUAGGUAUAUGUAGAAAUAAAUUGUUUAGGAUAAGUUGAUACCGUCGAUUGUGAUUGCGCUUUUAAGCAUUGUUUUGUAUAUCUGUUUCGGCACAAUUUAAUUGAUCAGCAGGUGUGAAAAACGAAAGCAUUUUAUAAAACAUUCAAAUCAUAAUAGAAAUCAAUAAUAAAUUUUGCUAUGGUCACAAAGAGGCUGAUAGAUCAAAUGCG